UUCUACCAAACUGACAAAGACGAUUUAAGAUUUGUGUAACUGUUUUGCAAAGUUUUAUUCAAAAUGACGGCCAUUCGCAGCAUCAACGAUUUCCACAAACGCCUCGAGGCGGCCGAAAACAAAGUUGUCCUGCUGGACUUCUAUGCCACCUGGUGCGGACCCUGCAAGGACAUGGACCCAACGGUCAAAUCCCUGGCACGCCAAUACGCCAGCAAGGCGAUCGUUAUCAAAGUCAAUGUCGACAAAUUUGACGAGCUGGUGGAAAAGUACAAGGUGCGCAGCAUGCCAACAUUUGUCUUCCUCAAGAGCAACCGCAGCCUGGGCAAAAUCGUUGGCGCCGACGAGCACAAACUGACGCACAUGAUGGCCAAAGUAUGCAAAUGAGCAUGAAUUAAAAGCGGCGCAGGCGUCGCUAUUUAACCGUAAAUUAAUCAUUUUAAUAUAUGUAUUGUUUAACUGUAACUGUAACUCAAUCUGUAACUGUAACUAUAACAAUAACUGUGACGGUAAUCAAUUUCUGUAAUUUCCAAUGCAAAAAUAACCUCAAAUUUGAAUAUAAAUUUUAUUUUCAUUUGUA